AUGUCCUCGGGGAAAUGGCACCUUAACCCCGACGACCCGAGCAAUGCCUACCCCCUGUACGCCACCACACCAGUCCCGCCUAAGAAACCGGGCACCGUGCGUAUUUGGGUCGACGGCUGCUUUGACAUGCUGCACUUUGGCCACGCCAAUGCACUUCGCCAGGCGGCGGCGCUCGGUGACGAGUUGUUUGUUGGUUGCCAUUCUGACGCGGAGAUUAUGCAAUACAAGGGGCCCCCCAUUAUGCAUGAGGAAGAGCGUUACGAGGCUCUUCGUGCGUGCAAGUGGGUCGAUUUUGUUGUGGAGGGGUACCCUUAUGUCACUCGACUUGCAGACAUGGAUCGCCUGGAGGUGGAUUACGUUGUACACGGCGAUGACAUUUCUGUCGACCUGAACGGUCAUAAUUCAUAUCAAGAGAUUAUAGAUGCGGGUCGCUUCAAGGUUAUAAAAAGAACAGAGAGUAUUUCCACCACAGAUCUUGUUGGGCGAAUGCUUCUUUGCAACCAUAGCGGCGCAUUAACCGCGGCAGAGAACAAGCUUCUGGAAGAUGAGGCCAAAAGGCAUGCUGCCUUCCAUUACCUAACGACGUCUAGAAAAAUUGCUCAGUUUAGUAAUAAUCGUGGUCCAAACCCGGGUGACCGGAUCGUAUACGUGGAUGGUAGUUUUGAUUUGUUUCAUUAUGGUCAUAUUCGAGUCUUACAAAAGGCGCGUGAACUGGGCGAUUACGUUAUUGCUGGUGUUCACGAGGAAAGCGCCAUUCGCAAGGCAAAAGGAAGUGAUUUUCCCAUUAUGAGCCUCAAUGAGCGUGUUCUUGGUGUAUUAUCAUGCAGAUAUGUUGAUGAAGUUGUUCUUGGUGCACCUUAUGAAGUCACACGCGAAGUAAUUGAAAGCCUUGGUAUCACCGUCGUUGUUGGAGGAAAGAAGUGUGACGAGUGCAACUAUGAGGAUGGACGGGAUGCCUAUGCGGUGCCUAAAGAGAUGGGUUGCUUUUAUGAGGUGGAUUCUGAGUGCGACCUUACCACACGCGCUCUUGUAGACCGUGUAUUUAAGAACCAAGUGGCGUUUCUCAAAAGACAGUCUGAAAAACGACUAAAGGAAAUCACGGACUUUGAAUGUAAACCGGCACUGUACAAAAAUGUGAGGGAGUUGUAG